AGAACCGUAGUUCGUGUCAAUCUCUCGGUCGGUCGUGUCGUGCUUUGCCCGUUCUCUCGUUCGCUUAUACCCUAUAUGCCUUAACUUCACUGGAGAAGCCAUUUGGAUGGGAUAUAGUAGAUAUGGUGGUGUCUAGUGGCAAGAAAAGUUUUGAUUUUUCCCCACAUUUGGGACGCAUUUCCAGCUGGAAAAAAAUGCACGCAAUGUAUUGAAAAGCAGUGGAACACUUAGUGGAACUUUGUUGGCAAAAUUGUGCAGUGGAAUUGACACUGGUGGGUGCGUGAAAUUCGAGCGCAGUUCUUUUUUUAGAGAACGGUGAUUCUUUUUUUCCUUUCGCUCUUCUGGAUUGCGGAAUCGGUUCAGUGUUGGAUGGUGUGGUGUGAUUGAACCUAUACGAUAUAACCCAGCACUAACGAACGAAUGCAAUAAACGAAAGCUUGGGAGUGUCUGGUUUUCGUUUCUGGUACUUUGUUAGCAGUAGUAUAGCAGAGGGGGGUUAGUAUCCAGUUGGGUUUUAGUGCGGGUGGUAUACGAAAGAAGUUCCAACAAGACGACGAAGGAGGAAGACACCGAAACAGAACGAAAAGUUUCAACUCGAAGCAGAGUGAAGUGAUUCAAGCAAGUAUAUCUAACAAGUACAGAAAGUAAAGAAAAAAGAAACACGACGACAGCAGUUGUGUGUUGUUGGCAUUUUACAUGGUAAAAGAAGAAGAAAAGUGAGUGUAUCCAACGGAAAGAGAGCGAUUCUUAUUGAUUUUCGCGAAUGUUUUCCUCCUGGCUUGCAAUAAUAGUCCGCGGUUGACGGCGGGAAGAGGCGAGGAGGGAUUGUGGUUGUGGCCGUGAGCUGGGAAAGCGAUAGUCCAGUUCUCGCGGCUGGCGAAGAAGCCUCAAAGUGGAAGAGUGGCGAAGUGGAAUCCGGUUCUACAAACGACCAUAAGAAUACAUACGUACACGUACUGCUUGGUGCUACUCCAGGGGGGUUUCUUCUUCUUUCCCGAUCCGAGAUAGAUGUAUUGUACGGUGUCCAUGUAGACGAAGAAGCAAAAGUGCGAAGAAUAGUUCUUACUGAAGACGACCGCGACGAAGACGACGACGAGACCCCAUCAACAACAACAACAACCAGAUCACGGAUGUUGGGUCUCUGAGAAAGGAAGUGAACAUAAACGACCACCGCUCGCGUGAUUGAUUUAGUUAGUUUUAGUUUCGUGAAGAAGUGAAAAAACCCAUCGAAAACAAAAAGAAAAGAAGCAUAGUGGAUCGUACGAGCGUACGACAAUGUUUAAAUGCAUCCCGAUCUUCAAGGGCUGCAAUCGGCAGAUCGAGUACGUGGACAAGCGCCACUGCUCGCUGCCGAACGUGCCGGAGGAAAUCCUGCGGUACUCGCGUUCGCUGGAGGAACUGCUGCUCGAUGCCAACCAUAUCCGGGAUCUGCCGAAGAACUUCUUUCGUCUGCAUCGGCUGCGGAAACUCGGUCUCAGCGACAAUGAGAUUAUCAAACUACCGUCGGACAUUCAGAACUUUGAAAACCUGGUAGAGCUGGACGUGUCACGGAAUGAUAUCGGUGACAUUCCGGACGACAUCAAACACCUCCGCAGCCUGCAGAUCCUGGACUUCAGCUCGAAUCCGAUCCACAGGCUACCGGCGGGGUUCUCGCAGCUGCGCAACCUGACCAUACUGGGGCUCAACGAUAUGUCGUUGACCUCGCUGCCACAGGAUUUCGGAUGUCUAUCAAAGCUAGAAUCGCUAGAGCUUCGGGAGAACUUGCUGAAGCACCUGCCGGAAUCGAUCAGCCAGCUGACGAACCUGGAACGCUUAGAUCUGGGCGACAAUGAAAUCGAAGAGCUUCCGCCGCACCUGGGCUACCUGCCGGCCCUCCAAGAGCUGUGGCUCGAUCACAACCAGCUGCAGAAGCUGCCGCCCGAGAUCGGAUUACUAAAGAACUUAGUAUGCCUGGACGUCUCGGAGAAUCGCAUGGAGGAACUGCCCGAGGAGAUAGGUGGCCUCGAAAAUCUAACCGAUCUGCACCUGUCGCAGAACUUGCUGGAGGUCCUCCCGGACGGUAUCUCGAAGCUGACCAAACUGACGAUCCUGAAGCUGGACCAGAACCGGCUGCACACGCUGAACGAGAACAUUGGCCAGUGCGUCAACAUGCAGGAGCUGAUCCUGACCGAGAAUUUCCUAAACGAGCUGCCUUACACCAUCGGCAACAUGACGAUGCUGAACAAUCUGAACGUGGACCGGAACUCGCUCAUUUCGGUGCCGAGCGAGUUGGGAAAUUGCAAAAACCUGGGCGUGCUGAGCUUACGCGAGAAUAAGCUAACCAAACUGCCAUCGGAGCUGGGAAAUUGCUUGGAAUUGCACGUUCUAGAUGUGUCCGGCAAUCGGCUCCAGCAUUUGCCGUACUCUUUGGUGAACCUUCAGCUCAAGGCCGUCUGGCUGUCGGAGAAUCAGGCUCAACCGCUUCUUACAUUCCAACCGGACAUCGAUGAGGUGACCGGUGAUCAGGUGUUGACUUGUUUCCUGUUGCCCCAGCAGGAAUACGUCCCGGCCAGUCCGGAAAACCGGGAAGACACCGACUCGGAAGACUGGGAAGAACGCGAAGCAUCCCGAACGCAUUCCGUCAAGUUCAGUGAAGAUUCCAACGUUGACAAGGACACUCCAUUCGUGCGCCAAAACACACCCCACCCGAAGGAAUUGAAAUUGAAGGCGCACAAACUGUUUGCCAAGGAGAAGCGAUCGGAUGACAUGAGCGGUGGCAAUCUGGACACCCUCUCUGAGGAAUCCUCCUCCCGGCCGUCGCUGCUCAACAAGACUGGAAUGGCCACGAUGGACGACAUCCAGGGGGUGGUGCCGAAUGAGCCAAUCGCCGAAGAGGACGCCAACAAGGAGAACGAAGACUUCGACGACAACUACGAGAAGCGCGUUGGAUUCGACGUGAACGAGGAAGAAGAUCGGUACUACUCGGAGGAAAAUGAGGAUUCCCAUGAGAAGAAGCCCAUUUCCAAGCUGCAUCGAAGAGACACUCCGCACCAUCUGAAAAACAAACGCGUCCAUCACGGCGUCUCGGACAAGAACAGCAGUCUGGUGCUGACGUCGCUGAAGCUGAAAGAGUCGCUUCCGCCGCCCCCGAAGCUGGACGAACAUCCGGCCCUGGAAGCGGCCAGCAAUAGCGAUGGCCAACCUGUGGCGGCGGCGGCGGCGGCGACUAUGGCAGCGGUGCCCGAGGGAAACGAUGCCCUGGACGCCUUCACCGAGCUCAAGGAGGAACGGCUAGAGAUCCACAUCGAGCGCACAUCCGCCGGGCUGGGACUGAGCAUAGCGGGUGGCAAGGGCUCGACGCCGUUCAAAGGCGACGACGAGGGCAUUUUCAUAUCCCGUGUCACCGAGGGUGGUCCGGCCGAUCUGGCCGGACUGAAGGUGGGCGAUAAGGUACUUAAAGUGAACGGUGUCUCGGUGGAGGAUGCAGACCACUACGACGCAGUGGAGGUGCUAAAAGCCUGCGGUUCCGUUCUGGUGCUGUUCAUAUCCCGGGAGGUGACCCGCCUAAUUGGUCAUCCGGUGUUUGACGAGAGUGGUUCGGUUGCACAGAUCAAUGUAGUCGAACAGCAGGCGGCGACACCCCAGCAGCAAAAAAUGAUUCCUCCCCCGAUUGCAGUGGCCGUUGAGCAACCGCUCAUGGAAGGCAUAGCAGGUGGGGGAGGAGGAGGCGGAGGCGGCGGUGGGGAAGCAUUACAUUCCUCGUACAAUACGGUCGGGUUGCCGAACGGGAAUGCCGGUACACCGAUGCCGACGACGGUGGGCUUGCUGAACGGAAAUGAAAUUACCCAUAAGGUUAUUCUGCACACGACCCUCAUCCGGGACCAGAUCGGACAGGGGCUCGGGUUCAGUAUAGCCGGCGGGAAGGGACACGCCCCGUUCAAGGACGGCUCGGAAGGAAUUUACAUCUCGCGGCUAACGGAGGGAGGGGUUGCCCACAAGGACGGGAAGAUCCUGGUGGGCGACCGGGUGCUAGCGAUUAACGGUGUCGAUAUCACCAACGCCCACCACGACUAUGCGGUGCAACUUUUGACGGAUCAUCAGCGGUUCGUGCGGUUGGUGGUGCAACGGGAGGUAAAGGGCCCACUGGAACCGCCGACCAGUCCCAGGAGCCCGAUGCUGAAAAGUUUGAACCCGAGCGGGUACAUGGCCAACCGACCAGCAUAUUCCGGCUACCGUCGUUCGAUCGACGAGUCCACCACGGAAGCUCAUCAACCUGCAGCAACAGGUGAAGUCCCGUCCCAGCAUCAUCCCGCCUCCGCUCAACCCGAAGCGCAACAGCAAACCACCGUGACCCACAAGCAGUCGCACACUCACCACACCCAAGUCCUCGCCCCAUCGGCAAAUGUGGAUCAGCAACAGCUGACAAACUCUUCUUCGCAAUCGCAGCAACAACCUCCCUUACCCGCCCCACGCAAAGUAUUAUCGCCGCAAACGUCUGUAAAUAACGGCAAUGGUAGUAGUUCUAACAUCAUGAGCAACAACAGCAACGCCAUGAGCAACACAAACGGUAGUAGUAGCACUCAUACCACCACCAACACAACCAACGGCAUUACCAACAACAGCAUCUAUCAGCAAUCUCCAUUACCCGCACCCGCAUCCACCAAGGCGCCAGCGGCGGGCGCACCUUCCACCGUAACCAAUGGUACAAGCAAUAACAAUAGUAUUGUAGCGAAGACACAAAGUGAGGACUCGCAGGUAGCGCUCCGGCCCAUGACCAGUGCCGAUUUCCAGGCCAUGAUCCCGUCGCAUUUCAUCAGCGGAGGAGCAGGAGGCCGCCAGGUGGUUCAGGUGGACAAGGGGGCGGCGCCCCACCAGGACACGGUGACGGUCACGGUGCAGAAGGCCGUCCCCGAUAUGCCCAUGCUGCCGCCGGCGCCGACCGAACUCGGAACCGUCACCGAGACCAUCACAAAGUCGACCUUCACUGAGACGGUAAUGACUAGGGUUACUGACAAUCGGUUAUUGGAACCACUAAUCAGUGAGGAGGUUGUCCUGCCCAAGGAUCAGGGUUCACUCGGUUUCAGCAUCAUCGGCGGCACGGACCACUCGUGCACGCCGUUCGGGGCCCACGAGCCCGGCAUCUUCAUCUCACAUAUCGUCCCCGGUGGCAUCGCAGCCCUGUCCGGCAAACUGCGGAUGGGUGACCGAAUCCUCAAGGUCAACGGCACGGAUGUUACGGGGGCAACCCAUCAGGAAGCGGUCAUGGAAUUGUUGAGGCCGUGCGACGAAAUCAAACUGACGGUUCAGCACGAUCCACUGCCGGCGGGAUUCCAGCAUUACGAAAUUGUUAGCUUGCCAACUGAGGAAGUGCAAAUCGUCAAACUCGAAGGCGAACGGCUCGGCAUGCAUAUCAAGGGCGGCCUCAACGGCCAACGCGGAAAUCCGCUGGACCAGGCCGACGAGGGUGUGUUCAUAUCGAAGAUAAACAGUUCCGGUGCGGCCAAACGAGACGGCCGGUUACGCGUUGGUCAGCGCAUCUUGGAAGUAAACGGAGUGUCGCUGCUGGGAGCAACCCAUCAGGAGGCGGUCAACUCGUUGCGAGCUUCCGGCAACACGUUGCAUUUGGUGGUGUGCAAAGGGUACGAAAAGGGGGAUCUGUUGCAUCAGGCGAUUGGUGGAGCCGGCGGUAUGAGCACCGGAAUAAGCAAUAACGGACAUAGUACUAGGAUAGGAUCUCGAGCUUCAGAAACUGGCUCCGAGUUGAGCCAGAGCGUAUCGAGCUUAGAUAGGGAUGAUUCAAUCAUUGCAGCUGAACCGCAGCGUAAAGUUAGUGUAGAUAGGGUACCGGAAGAGGAGGACACCGUUCCGGCUGUGGCCCCGACGCCGACGCCAGCAGCGAUUCCACAACCCGUGGUGCAACCUCCGCCUCCAACGACAACGGUGGCAACCGUUGCCCCACAAGGCGUGAGUAGGGUAGCAGCUCCAAGCACGGAUUCGCAAGCUCUUGUCAGUGCCCGGGAAAAGAGCACGCCGGAAAAGGUCCUGGACAUUGUCCGGGCGGCGGAAUCCCUCGCACUGGGUGGCAAUCUCGUGGAGAACGGUCCACCCAAGUCCCCGACGGAGCCCCCCACGGUCGAACCCCUCCAGAAGACGACCACCAUCGUGAUGUCGAAGCACACCCUGGACACACAAGCCCCACAGGUCGACCGCCGAUAUGGAAAUAUCCGGCCUUUGUUGCAUGCAAACGAUCCUCCUAAACCCCCAAUAACCACCUCCACUAGUACUACCAAUACCGCUACUACUACUUCUACUACCACCACCACCACAGCCACUAGUUCUACUACCUCAUCCUCUGCGUCGGCCACGUCCGCCGGUACUAGCGUCAAAGCACAGAGCAGUAGUCGCUUGACGCCACUUCCGGCCACGAAAACCUACAUUCCGGUGUACACUCCGAGCUCGUACGCGGUCCCGUUCGGAGCGAAGGAACCGUCGCCGGAGAAACCUCCGGUUCCGGCCAGUCGGUCUACGACUCCCACCUCCGGACAUCGGAAAUCGGUCAGUUUCGACCUGGAUGAUCCGGAGUGCGAGCACCGGAAGGCAAUGGCGGCCAGUGCCGAACGGGAUGCUCAGAUCCGUCAGUGGAAGGACGCGAACAACAAUGCGGGAACUGGGCAACUGAAGGGUAUUUUGAGGAGUGGCAGUCCGACGACCUCCAGCCGAAGCCGCAGCACAACUCCGGAAGAGGAAGAACGGGAACAGGUGGCGAGAUUGCGUUAUACGAGGGACGACGAGGAUGAGGAAACCGAAAGUGAAACUGAGGAAGAAGAAAGUGAAACGGAGGAGGAAGAGGAUGAGCAGGGAAGCGAGAUAGAGAGGCCCAAUCCGUUUAGGAAGGAGUUCUUUAGAGAGGAUAGGAAUGCGAAUAGGGAACGUUCGCCAAGGCGAUCGCCACCUCCGCGUCCACCGCCAAUUUUGAGAAAGGCGGAAAUUGUCCAUAACGAUGGGUUGGAUAAUAUGAGGGAAGAGUGGGGACAAGGUGAGUUCACGGAGUACCAGCACGAUACCCGAACGAACACUGUACGAGAAGUGAGAGGUUCUACGCACAGCUUGACAAGUCGUAGCGUAGAGCGGAUACCGGACUUUGAAAAGAUCGAACUGAUUGCGGCCAAAUUUGAUGUGCUCCCGACGAAGAAGCGAGCAGAGUUUGUUCAUGAGAACUUCACAGAGAAUGCAUUGGUCCAUGAAGAUACCCACCGACAGGUUCUGCUGGAAGAGAACAGAGUGCGAAACGAAAUGCUGUCUCGAUCAACUAAUCCAUUCCUGGAUACCUGCUAUGAACAAGAGUCGCAACAUUCUCCCUCGCCUGUGCCACAUUCGCCAAUGCACUGGUCCGGUUCGACCGGUCAGUUGCACCCACAGCUGUACCCACCAGUGCAGGUGCUGCCCGUUCAUUACACCAAACUUCCUACUCCUCAGCACACGAUUUUCACCUACACCCAAUCUCCGAUGCACAUCCAACAGCAACCUCAACAGCCGUACGGCAUGCCAAGUUACAACUACAUGUCUCCUCCGCCAGCGCCAAAAACACCGAAGAGCGUCUCCGACAAGAAGCGAUUCUUCGAGAAUGCGAUGGAAGACCAGACCAAGCAGACGCCCAAACCUGAAAAAGUAUUCUCAUUCCUCUCGCAAGACGAAGUCGAAAAGUUGAAACAGGAAGAGGAGCGCAAAAUUGCCACCCUCGGUCGGAGGCGUAUCCAGGAGCGGGCCUACGAACAGGACGACGAGUACGGUUCCGGCGACGAGGAGCAGGAGAUUCGUGAACGCUACACGAAAGCCGAUGAGAACGAUAACGAUAUGAGACACGACGACAUCGAUAACGACUCCCCGCCGACGACACCGACGAACGAACCCACCUACGAGGAGCAUCAACACCAUCUUCAGCAUCCGCAUCAGCAGCAGCCUCACGAGAGCAGGAUUCCAGUGAUGCUUAACCGUUCGCUGAUGGCGGCCACACCACCGUCCAAACCGAACACCCCCAUCAGUCGGAUCCCGAUUAGGACGGCCAAUGCGGAGAAGCGCGCCCGAGCCAACGAUAUGCUGCCGCCGGAGUACGACGAGUCCAAGCUGAGCCCGUCGGAGAUUCGGGCGUUGAGAGCGCAAAAGCGUGCCGCUUGGCGACAAGCUCGUCUCAAAUCGCUGGAAAACGACGCCCUGCAGGCACAAAUCAUGAUCCAAACCAUGAACGCCGCCACCCUGCACGAGGACGCCUCGGGUAACCCCACGGUGCUACAUCUGAGGUCCGAUCACGAUAACGAUCAUUACCAUCAUCACCAACACCUGCAGCAUACACAGCACUAUCCCACAAUUGCGGAGCACACCGUUAGCAGUAGUGACGAACAGUCAUCCCUUUCGACGCAAAUCGAUGGCAGUGAGUAUUACCGCCAUCCACCGGUAGCGCCGAAACCGAUCCGCUUUCCACGGAUAGCGGUCAAGUCGAAAGAUACCGGCAACGAGCGGGUCGUUCGCGAGACGGAAAAGGUCGUCGGCGAGAAGGUUCUGCAGCAGCGCACGGAGGAACUGCCCGAUGGGGGCCUGAGGACUGUGGAGUAUGUGGAGAAGGUCAUCGAGACGGAGGUGGAGACCAUGCGCGAGAAAAUCAUCAUGCUCGAACUGGAAGAACCUUCGUCGGGUAGCAGUGAGCGUCAGAAGGCCCCACAAUCACAGCAACAACUGCUCCAAUCCCCUGACUACGAUGACUCGACGGAAGCGGCGGAUGUAUCCCUGGAAGACGAUGACCACCCGGACGGAAGGGUACCCGACGAUUAUCAGGAGGACAUCAGCGACCACGAACCGGAAGACGAAGAAGACGUCCAUCCUCUGCAGACGAUCGUCGAGGUGGUCAACCCUGCCGUCAGUGGCGGUGAUGGCCAGAUCAACGACAUCAUCAUCGGACGGUACAACGACGACUGUGCGGAAGAUUCGUUUGCUUCGGCUUCGUCACCGUCGACGUUCAGCGCCAGUGCCAGUCGUUUCUCGUACGAGGAAGGUAGGUACGAGUCGAUCAACGACAAGAUGAAGAACGUCCUGCGGGAGCUGAAGCAGAAUGAGAAGGUGAGACUGAAUCUUUCCAAGAGUAUGACUGAGGAAGAGCUGGCCGAGCAGGAAGGGGACGAGGACGAGGAAUAUCAGGAAGAAUAUGACCAAGAGCAUGAACAGGUGCAACAGGAGGAGUGUCAUCAGGAAGACGACGAGGACGAGGAGUUCCGCCAUUACGAGGAAAAGACCGGUGCAAUCGGGACGGUAUUCAUGGUGCGCGAGCGACUAAUCAACGAUUUCUACACCCAUCAAAGUGAGCUGGCGCAGCAGGAGCAUCAUCAACAGGUGCAGCAGCAACGGGUGGACUACUACGAUGGUUGCGAAGUGAUACAGAACCCCGCGGCGCAAGCUUUCGAAGAAGAGCUGGAAAAGAUGCAAAGUCUCAGCAAGCUGCAGAAAAAGACUCUGCACGACGAGAAGCUGAAGGCCGUGUUCUGCGACGACGAAGACGACGACGAGGAUGAGGAAGCGACCGGUAGUUGUUCGCUCGGCGAGGUAAGUGGUGCGGAACGAAAGAACAGCGGUGCGAGUCUGGAGAAACCGAGUGGCAUUCCCAUUGCUGGUACCAAUGGAAGUGGCAGCUCGAAGCGGAAAAAGCGAAAGAGUAAGAAGAAGAAGUGAGGGGGGUCUACUGUUGAGUUCCAUCCGUCCUAGAUCACAAAAGAAGAAUCGCGAAGCGAUUCGGAAACUCCUAACUGGGGAGCAAUUAGUUUAUAUAUUUCCAUAUGAUUUAAGAACUGAAAGGAUUCUAACGACGUUUUGUUUUAACAUUUUUUAAACUUCUCAUAUCGAGAAUGCGACGGUAUUUUAAAGCGAAAUGAACUAUUCCAUUAUCAUUAUUCCUUUAUUAGUUUGGAUUUUUUAUCAGUCGAUAUUCGAACGUAAGGCGACAAUAAUAAGCUAUUCAUUUGAUUACUUUAAAUAGAUUUUAAAGUCUAAUUCAUAUAACUUACGUAAUAUUUAUUUACCGCUACAAUCGACUCGUGUUUGUGAUUGUACGAAAGUCGAUUGGGUCGUCUCGAAAUACUAGAUAGUUACGUAAUAGUGCAGCAGUCAAAAAUCAUUAGCAGCAAUCAGCGAAAGUAUCGAUCAGUCGAUUACUUUUUCAGCAGAUGCUGUUUUUUAGAGUUAGUCUAUCUACUGAAAUCUAUGGUAAAACAGAAGUAAUUUAUUUCGCCACUUCUUCGGUCUAUGAAGAAAUGGUCGAAUCGAUACAUAAUAUAUUGACUGAAUUAAACGUGAA